AUGGCAGUACCACAAGAACCAGUAUUAAAUGGGAACGAGAAUACAACUCAAACCUACCAAUUUUCGUCACCUAAAGCUGCUAGAACAAAACAACAACUUAAAAAUGAUUCAUCGACUCAAUCACAAGAUGGAGAUUAUUUACAUAUUUCAAUAACGACACUGGACAGAAACCGUCGCGAUCCAGUUUUCAAGUUUAAAGCUAUUACUAAUUUGCCAAGAUAUAAAAACAGUUCAUAUCCUUUAAUUGAACGUUCACAUGCAGAAUUUGAGCGAUUAUUUAAUACAUUGACUUAUUCUAAUCCGGAGUGUAUAGUUCCAGCAUUGCCUUUUUCAUCGAGUAGUUAUCAAGCAACCGAGGAUGAUGAACGUAGAAUUAAACAUUCUAUGCAACAAUGGGUUAAUCGGGUGGCAAUGAAUCCUGUUUUAUGUCAUGAUGAGGAACUUAGAUCAUUUAUAGAAACUGAUUUUGCUUUUAUCCCAGCUACUAAACCACGGAAGAGGACUAGUAGUUUUAAGCUUAAGUUCACUCCCGAUAUUAGGGAUGAGGAUAAAGCAUUGGUUCAUGCCAAAUCAACAGCACAUAUUUUAGAAGGACAUUUUCUUAAUAUUGCAAAAACUAUUCAAAAAUUGGCGGGAUAUCGCAAAGGAUUAGCAGCAUUUAAUUAUGAUCUUGGAACAAAAUCUAUUGCAAUGGGAACAGUUGAAAAUCAUCCUCCUUUAUCGAAUGGCUUACGAAAAUUUGGAAAAACACUUCAAAUAAUCAGUGAGCGACAGAAAUUACAAGCCAUCAGUGAAGCAGCUACUCUUGGUGACUUUUUUAGUUACUAUGCAAUUAAUUCUCAUGUAGUUCAGGAAACUUUAGCAAAUCGUCUUAGAAUUAUUUCUGAACACGAUGAUGCAGUUAAAACUACUAUAAGCAAAAGACGUUAUAUCGAACGGUUAAAGUCUUCGACGAACAUUAAAUCUGAUAAAGUUAAUGAAGCCUUGGAAGAUUUAGAUUAUGCCAAAAGUUAUGAACAAAACCUUGACGCACGCGUCAAAAAUGUAACGAAAAAUCUUCAUACCGAAUUAAAAAUAUACGAAGAAAAUCGUGCCCAAGAUUUUUUCAGUGCUGUUAAAGAAUAUGUUAAAAAACAAAUUUUAUUUGAGAAACAACAAUUGAACGAAUGGGAAAAUUUGAGACCAGACAUUAAAGCGAUUACGAAACGUAAUAUGCACAUCUACGCAUUUGGAGAUGAAAAGCUUGAUGCUAAAUCAGUCGCCGAGAAAUUGAAUAAUUGA